AUGCAGGGCGGUGAACCACAUGACCCCCUCCCAGAUCACCUGCGCCUGCAGCUGGGCCGCACCCUGGCAGCCUUCACCCUGCUGCACCCCCAGCUCUUCGGCCGCGACGGCCAACUGCGACCCCUCGCGCCACAGCUUAAGGCGCUGCUCUUCGACGGCAGCUACGCCGUGCGGGAAGCCGCCGGGCAGCUGCUCUGCCUGCUGCCGAUGGCGGCCGGGGAGCCGCUGCGGAUGAUGACGCAGGAGCUCGAGGCGUUCCUCCCUUUGCAGCUUCCGAGGCAGCUGCAGCGCGCGAGAUUGGGCGGCGCGGUGGCCAGCGGCAGCGACAACUUGGACGGAGGAGAAGCGGAGCCCGCAGGCAUGACCUGGGAGACCGCGGCAAAGAGGCUCGCCAACGCUGCGGCCGGCCGCGACGGCGGGGCGGCGGGCGCGCUCGCCCUCGCGCCGCUGUGGGAGACGGGCGUGCUGCAGCUGCUGGAGGCGGCGCUGGCCGCGCCCGCACUGGAGCAGCGGGCGCUGCUGCUGCUGUGCGGGCAUGGCUGUGCUGCGCAGACGGCUGUUGACGCGGCUAACCUGCAAGAGCGGGUGCUGCCGCUGUGCGCGGCCGCCGCCGAGGUGCUGGCCGCCUGCAGCGGGUACACGCCCGACCGCACCCCCUGCGCCCUGUACCACGGCCCCGUGCUCGCCUGGGAGUGGCUGGUCACCACGGGCCUCGAACUGCGGCAGCUGCUCGCGGCCCGUCACGUGCUGGCUGCGCCACGCGCCUUGAGCGCCUCGGUAGCCGCCGAUGUCUACACCGUCGUGCCUGAGCCCGAGUUUGCGCGGCGCUUCGGCGGCCCCCUUCUGUCCGCGCUCGUCAUGCGCCGUGACAAGGCCGGCCUGCAGCAGCUGAGCCAGCUGCUCGGCCACGCGUCCCCUGCGGCCAUGAUGGAGUCGAUGUUUGGGCAGGCCAUGGGGCCGCUGCUUGCGCUGGCCGCGUGCCCGCAGCAGUGCGCAGCGGCGGCGGCGGCGACGCGGGACGAGACGCUCCUGCCUCUGGCCCGGCAGCAAGAGCUGCUGGCGCAACGCCUCAGGAGCGUGACCGUCCACGCCCUAUGCGCGGCAGCACUCGUCCCCGGCAGCGGCGACCUGGCGCAUCUCCAGCAGCAGCAGCAGCAGCAGCAGCAACAACAGGGCGGCCCCGCGAUGGGCUCCGCGCUAGACACCGUGCCUGGCACCGUGGGGCAGCCCACAGAGCCGCUGGUGCAGCCCAGCACGGCCAGCGCCUGCGUCAGAGACCUGAAG